AUGGUGGGAGAAACACUAGUCUUGGCUCAGACUGCAGGGAAGAUGAGGCAGUUGCCAGAGGUGAGGGCGUGCCAAGCCAGCAUCGCCAACCCUGCCACCCUGCAGAGGCUCAUGCUCUCCUUCGAGCACGCCCUCCAGCUGCUCGUCUCACAGGUAAGGCAGCUACAGGAAAAUGCGGCCCAGCUGAGGACCAUCUAUGCCGGAGAGAAGGCUGAGGCCAUCAUGAGCAAAGAGCAGGAAGUGAUGUCAGCAUGGAAGGAGUUACUGGUUUCCUGUGAGGCCAGUCGUGUGCAGGUCACCUCGGUGACAGACAAGGUGCAGUUCUUCUCGGUGGUGCGCGAGCAGCUCAUGUGGAUGGAGGGCAUCAUGGGACAGAUUGGAGGGGACGACCCCAGGGACUCGUCUUCUGCAGAGGUGAUGAUGAAACAGCAUGGUGAGCUGAAAGCCAAGAUGGAUGGCCGUAGGAAGACAAUACAGCAAUGUGUGGAGCUGGGAAAGAUCCUGCUGGCCGCAGGCAACCCAGCCUCCGAGGAGAUAAAGGAGAAGUUGGAUGCGCUCCUGGCUAAGCAGAAGGAUCUCUCUGAGAGAUGGGACAAACAGCAGGAGAAGCUACAGCGCAAGAAGGAUCAGUUCCAGUAUGCCCAGGAGACGGUGAAGGCAGAGGCCUGGCUGAAGGCCAAGGAGCCCCUGAUUAGCUCCAGCUCCUCCUCUAGGGUGGCUGGGGGGGCUGGAGGAGACGCCCAGGUCCAGACUGAUGAGGUGGAGCAACUCAUCCUCCGCCACGAGGCCUUCCGCAAUGCUGCAGCCACCUGGAAGGAGCGCUUCAGCUCACUGAGACAGCUCUCCAAUGCAGAGAAGCUGAGAGAAGAACAGAGCAGCAAGCCUUCCCCAAUGCCACUCUCCAGUCGGAGGAUGUUCCCAUCAUCCUGUCUCACUCCGACCAUUCCUCUUGCUACCUCAACUCUGCUGAGACAGACGGUCCAGGUGCAUAUUGAGCCCAGGCCCAAGCAGACCAGUCUGGAGAUGUCUGCCUCUGCCUCCUCUGCAGCCCAAAGGUUGGGUUCUACCAUAGCCAGCUACGCUCCUGUCAUAAAUGGCUCUGGUUACCAUGGACUGGACAAUCAGAGCAGCAGCGGGGGAUUGGAGAGUUCCAACUACCCUGGACUGAACCAUCCGGGCAGUGGAGGAGUGGACAGCAGCUCUAGUUACCUUGGAGGGAACCAUCAGACUGGCUCCCCGCCAGUGGAUAGUUCUGGCUACCUUGGACUGAACCAACAAAACAGUGGGGGUAUGGUUAGUCCAGGCUACCUACCUCAAAACCAAAGUAGUGGGGGUAUGUGUGGUCCAGGCUACCUUCCUCAAAAUCAAAGCAGUGGGAGUAUAGGUAGUCCAGGCUACUUGCCGCAAAAUCUAAGUAGUGGGAGUAUGGGUAGUCCAGGCUACCUGCCAAAAAAUCAAAGUAUUGGGGGUAUGUGUAGUCCAGGCUACCUGUCGCAAAAUCAAAGUAGUGGGGGUAUGGGUAGUCCAGGCUACCUGCCUCAAAAUCAAAGUAGUGGGGGUAUGGGUAGUCCAGGCUACCUGCCGCAAAAUCAAAGUAGUGGGGGUAUGUGUAGUUCAGGCUACCUGCCGCAAAAUCAAAGUAGUGGGGGUAUAGGUAGUCCAGGCUACUUGCCGCAAAAUCAAAGUAGUGGUGGUAUGGGUAGCUCAGGCUACCUGCCGCAAAAUCAAAGUAGUGGGGGUAUAGGUAGUUCAGGCUACUUGCCGCAAAAUCAAAGUAGUGGUGGUAUGGGUAGCUCAGGCUACCUUGCACAAAAUCAAAACAGUGUUGGGAUUGGUAGCUCAGGCUACCUUGGGAAAAAUCAAAGUAGUGGGGGUAUGGGAAGUACUGGCUACCUUGCACAACACCAAGGUAGUGGGAGUAUGGGUAGUUCAGGCUACCUUGCGCAAAGUGUUGGGGGUAUGGGUAGUUCUAGCUAUCUGCCUCAAAGUGGUGGGGUCAUGGACCCCAAAAUGGCAUAUGCGUGGCAGCAUCUGAAAGCUGACUGCAUGCAGCCCAGGAUCAACCACAUGCACAAAGCUGUCAACCCCCUCCUGGAGGCCAGCAGGGCGCAGAGGGAACAGUUUGGGGACAUCCCCAUGGUGGACAUGAUCGGGCCAGAGUCUGGCCUGGAUCUCCUGCACGGCAGGCUCCAGAGGGACCCUCGCGGCAGCCGCUCCGACCCCCAGAUGGACCACCUGCGGCGGGAGAGGGAGUACAAGCUGGGUCGGCAGACCUCCAGCGAACAGGAGAUUCAGGCGCGGCUCAACGAGCUGCCAAUGAUUGUGCGCCAGGAGCGCUAUAGGCGACGCCUGGAGAGGCAGUCGUCCAGCGAGCAGGAGGGCAGUGGGAAGGCGAGGACACCGAGGCAGGACGACUCCAGCGACAUGGAGUCAGCCAAGGAAGGCUCUGACAAGCGCUCAAUAGAGAAGAGAGCCACCACCAUGGCUGAGAUUGUGGAGCAGGCCCAGGAGAGAGAGGCAGCACAAGCUCGAGGGGAGAUGUACCGCCCCACCAGCAGCCUCUCAGCACCCGUGACCUACGAGCGCCCGCGAGCCCGAGACCGCCCCAAACCCCGCAGGAGACCCCGCCCCAAAGAGCCUGAGGAGAAGCGACGCUCUCGCUCGGCUCCGGCCCAGAGCCCGGCACAACUUCUGCCACCCUCACACACUGCCCAUAAUGAAGGCUUCCUGUACCGCAAACACGACUUUGAGGGGCACCAGAAGAGUCCCAGCAGUAAGUCCUGGGUGAAUUUGUAUUGCGUGUUGACAAAGGGAGGGAUCACUUUCUACAAGGACGCCAAGAGCACCACCACACCUUACAAUGAAGAAACCCCACUCGACCUGAGCGUCUGUAUAUGUGAUAGCACCAUAGGAUACAAGAAGAAGAAAAAUGUCUUCGUUAUCAAGAAAAAUGAUGGCAAUGACUAUAUUUUCCAUGCAAAGGAUGAGGAGGACCUGAAGGCUUGGGUCACUAACAUCACCACCAGUAUAACUGAACAUGAGGAGAUCGCCAAGUGGGACAAGCCCACCACCUCGUCCACAGAUCCCGACCGCUCGGAGAGGAAGGAGAAGUCGGAGGGCGACGCAGACGCCAGGUCAGAGAGGUCUGAGAUGGGAGGAGAGGUGGAGGAGGAGGAGAGGUCAGAGAAAGAGAGGUCUGAGAAGGGAGAGGGGUCCAAGAAGACGGGAGAAGGCUCAGAGAAAGCAGACACGUCGGAGAGGGGUGAGAGGGCAGAGGGGGGGGCAGGGGGCUCCAGCACGUCAGGGAAGAGCAAAUGAUCCCCGCUGAGUGGAGGAGUGGACUGGCAUCCAACCAUCUAAAGUCCCCCCCCUCCUAACUUUACCCUACGACACCAGACAGUGCUGAACAAGGGAGACAGAGGGAGAUGUGUACAUUUCUGUGCAUAUAUUCUCUCUUUUUCUCUCUCUAUAUCUCUCUGUCUCUCUCUGUGACAUCCUGAGGCUUGGGUCCUAAUGUUAACUGUGACUGUCUGAUCUUUCAGCCCCUCCCCCCUCCCCCAGGCAAAAUACAUCAAUACUUGCAUUGCAUUGUGGCCCUUGCUGGUAGGUUGGAGGAUAGGGGAGAUUAACCAGCGCCACUGUGUGGUCACAGGCAUUUGUCACAGUCACGACUCAUUGAUCAUUUAUUUCUUGGAUUCACAGCAUCUCUCAGUAUAUAUAUAAUAUACCUAUGACUGACUAUGUAAUGCUCUGUCUAAAACAACCCAAGCAGUGGUGAAUGAAAUGUCUCACAAUAUUUUGAAAAAGCUUUUUUCUGAAGCAAUAUACUUUUUUAUUUAUUCUCUUUGUUUGAGAGAGAGUGAAAGGAGACAAGAAACAGUUGCUUAUUAAUUCUAUGAUUGUUCACAUUCAUCAUCAGCUUAUUUCUGUCAGGUCAGCAGCACUUUAAACACUUCCAACACGUCUGUGUAUACUCAGCAUAUUGACAUUUCAAACCCACCUCAUCGCUAUCUCUGAGUCAUGUUGUCAUGAUGGAAUGCUGGUAUUACCUACUUGUGUUCAUAAUUGAAUUGACCAACACAUGAUUCUCUUCUGAACUUUUGGAUUAAUCAUGUACAGGCUCAUGCCAUGCCAGGAAUAAAGGUGAAAUAGGGUUGCCAACUGAUUAAAACUCCAUCACAUCCAAGAGUCUAUUCAAGGAGGCAAUGCCCAACUUAACCUCCUUGUGGUGCCAGACCUGUGUCAUGGCAUGGCAGUAUAGUGCACCUUCUAUUUGAAUGCCUUCAUGUUCUUCGUGGUCUUGAGAGGUUCACCAGUUUUUAAAUGAAUUUGGCAGUGCAAUAAUUCCAUCUGAAGGGAAGGUCUGUGUAAAAUGCUAAUAUCAUGGUAGAUCUUAAACUAUCCCCACAUAAAGUAUGGUGAUAAGAAGAUGUGUUUUAAUGACAUAGCAGAGAGAAGCCCAAGCCAGAAAUAAUUCAUGCUUCUUUUGACUGCUAUUUGAUCUGAGACAAAUUAAGAAGCAUUAGAACCCCAUUGCUGUUUUUAUUAUAUUAUUAGAAUAUAUUCGACAGGGACUGUAAUGGUUUCACUUGUGAAAAUACAGUAGUCAACAUUAGGUGAACCCCAAAAUAUACAGUUGAAGUCAUAAUUUUACAUACACUUAGUUUGGAGUCAUUAAAACUUGUUUUUCAAACAUUCCACAAAUGUAUUGUUAACAAACUAUAGUUUUGGCAAGUCGGUUAGGACAUCUACUUUGUGCAUGAUGUUUACAGACAGAUUAUUUCACUUAUAAUUCACUGUAUCACAAUUCCAGUCAGUCAGAUGUUUACAUACACUAAGUUGACUGUGCCUUUAAACAGCUUGGAAAAUAACAGAAAAUGAUAUCAUAGCUUUAGAAGUGUCUGAUAGGCUAAUUUACAUAAUUAGUCAAUUGGAGGUGUACCUGUGGAUGUACUUCAAGGCCUACCUUCAAACUCAGUGCCUCUUUGCUUGACGUCAUGGGAAAAUCAAAAGAAAUCAGUCUAAAAUAAAUUGUAGACCUCCACAAGUCUGGUUUAUCCUUGGGAGCAAUUUCCAAAUGCCUGAAGGUACCAUGUUAAUCUGUACAAACAAUGGCAUGCAAGUAUAAACACCAUGGGACUAUGAAGCCGUCAUACCGCUCAGGAGGGAGACACGUUCUGUCUCCUAGAGAAGAACGUACUUUGGUGUGAAAAGUGCAAAUCAAUCCCAGAACAACAGAAAAUGACCUUUUGACGAUGCUGGAGGAAACAGGUACAAAAGUAUCUAUAUCCACAGUAAAAUGGGUCCUAUAUCGACAUAACCCGUAAGGCCGCUCAGCACGGAAGAAGCCACUGCUCCAAAACUGACAUAAAAAAGCCAGUCUACGGUUUGCAACUGCACAUGGGGACGAAGAUUGUACUUUUUGGAGAAAUUUCCUAUGGUCUGAUGAAACAAAAAUAGAACUGUUUGGCCAUAAUGACCAUCGUUAUGUUUGGAGGAAAAAGAGGGAGGCUUGCAAGCCGAAGAACACCAUCCCAACCGUGAAGCACGGGGGUGGCAGAAUCAUGUUGUGGGGGUGCUUUGCUGCAGGAGGGACUGGUGCACUUCACAAAAUAGAUGGCAUCAUGAGAAAGAAAAAUUAUGUGGAUAUAUUAAGCAACAUCUCAAUAUGGGAUAUUGAGUCUUCCAAAUGGACAAUGACUCCAAGCAUACUUCCAAAGUUGUGGCAAAAUGGCUUAAGGACAACAAAGUCAAGGUAUUGGAGUGGCCAUCAUAAAGCCCUGACCUCAAUCCCAUAGAAAAUGUGUGGGCAGAACUGAAAAAGUGUGUGCGAGCAAGGAGGCCUACAAACCUGACUCAGUUACGCCAGCUCUGUCAGGAGGAAUGGGCCAAAAUUCACCAAACUUAUUGUGGGAAGCUUUUGGAAGGCUACCCGAAACGUUUGACCCAAGUUAAACAAUUUAAAGGCAAUGCUACCAAAUACUAAUCGAGUGUAUGUAAACUUCUGACCCACUGGGAAUGUGAUGAAAGAAAUAAAAGCUGAAAUAAAUCAUUCUCUCUACUAUUAUUCUGACAUUUCACAUUCUUAAAAUAAAGUGGUGAACCUAACUGACCUAAGACUGAAUUUUUACUAGGAUUAAAUGUCAGGAAUUGUAAAAAACGGAGUUUAAAUGUAUUUGGCUAAGGUGUAUGUAAUCUUCCGACUUCAACUGUAUCAUAAACUACUUCUCCCUCCCUGUUUUCUGUCUUUCUGAGAUUAAACCAAUAGAAAAUGAUUGUCAGUCAGAGGAGAUCAUUAAAUUGUAGAUAUCUUUAAGUACAGUCCACCAAUAAAUCCUAUGCUCAUUCUAUGGAAUGAAGUGGGUUAAAAUGAAAACAUUUACGUUAAUCUACACAAAUGAAAUGGGGAAACAAUACCAGUCAAUUACGAUAUUACUGUUUAUUUCAUUUAAAUGGAAAAAAAAUGCAAAUUAGGAGUCACUAACAAAGGAUAGUGUAUAUACACCAAUAUCUAGUUACAUUUGACAUUUUACAAGGGAAAAGAGUGCUGGACCUAGGUACAUUUGUUGUGUAUUUAUAAAUGUGUUUGUCAUUUAAUUGAUCAUACGGGUUUGCUACAGACAGUUUUUUCUAUUCGUAGUUAGAUCCUGUCAGGCAAGUGAAUUAUUAUAAGAACAGUCCUGUAGCGAAUGAUAGGCCUUCGCUACAUUUACUUGAACUGGUUAACAAACCUUGGAUGAUAACAAAGAACUUGCUAACCUGAAUGCUAGUUUAUUUAGCAACUCUGGAGCUGAUCAGACUGGUAUCCAGGCUACACACGUUUUAGCUGUGACUCUUGAGCUAUGACUUCAAAGCUAAAUACAACCAUACAUCCACAAAAUGUUUUGCUUGCUUCAGUCAUAUUGGAUGUUUAAUUAUAAACAUAUAUUGAUAAGCAAGUGAAUGAACACAAAUAUGUUGGUUUAGUUAGUACUGUACACCUACAAUAUGAAACCUCAAUAGCCAGCAUAGUAUGAUAUAAAUUUGGUCAACUCUGUUUCAAAUUGGCUACUUUUUAAUUAUGUUUACAGAUGUUUUUAUCUUAUUCCUAAAUGCCCCAUACCAUGGACCUUCCAAAUCAAACAUAAUUGCUUAAAGUGGUCUGUGUGUGUUAUUAGUCAUAACCAAAUCUGUAAAAAAGAAACAAAUAAAAAAACCUUGUUAAGCCUUAUCCCCAAAACCAGUAUUUAGAAAAUGAAUUGAUUUCACAAUAUACUCAAUACAGACUGUUCCAUUUGACCCAGGAUGCAAAUUCUGGCACUCAUUGGUAUUAAAGUGUUAUGACACAAGUAACAGUCUAACUGCAGCUUGUUGAUUGGACGCAGUUAUCUUAUUGGUAAGACUUGAAUAUAUCAUGAUAUAUGUGUUAUGUCAUCUGUUACAAUGUCGACUAGAAACUGUUGAGAAACUGUCAAUUACAGUAAAACAACAAACUGACUAUUGUAGGUGGUUAUUGUAGGUAACACCAUGCCAUUCUGGAUUACAGGCUUUAAAAACAAAUGGUACCUAAACUGAUCAUUUAUUAGUAGGCUUAUUACCAAUUGUUUUCAUUGUAACUAUUUCCUCUGGAAUUGAGCCUUUCAUUGCAGUACAUACCGUAUUUAUUAGUUAAACACUAGUAGCUGUUUCUCUUAUUUUCCACUGUGGAAAGUGAGAGGCUCUCCUAAUUCUAUUCAUUCUAAUUAUAUGGUUCCCGGCAUCUACAUUCUUAUCAGAGAAAUCCCAACAUCACUUGAUGAAACAAACAGGUUAAUACUAUAAUACUUACUAAACACACAUAAAUACUACAAUAUCUACUAAACACAGAAAUACUAUAAUGCCUACUAAACACACAGAAACAAGGUAACGUAAAGCUCUUGACCUCAUGGCUGGUGUUUUUGUGAUUUUGUGUUUUUCUUGUCUCAGAUACUGUGUUAGUGUACCUUAAUGAUACCUAUACCUUGCUGCUAUGACAUUUUCUCUAUGUAAACCUCUUUAUUUGCUGAUGCAAAAUUUCCAUGAACAUUGGUGUAUGCUUGACACAAAGGUGUUAAGCCAAGAGUUUUUGAAAAAGUAAUCAUCAACCAUCCUCCACAGAUCAGUAGAUACAUAAUGCAUUCUAUAUAGUAGUGGGAGAGAUUAAGAAAUUCCUGAUGUUGCAGCCACUCAGUGUUUAAAAAUCAAAGUAAAUUUGCUUGAUUGAGUAGAGAAAGUUAACAGAUUCCUGUGUUAGAGAUUCCACUCUGAAGUAGAAUAAAACAUUUUUUAAAUUUAAUUUGGCAAAUUAGUAAACCUUGCCAGAGUGUACUGUUCUUGAGACAGGCGUACGCAAAGGUAAAUUCUCUUGAUUUAGAGGGGGUAAACAUACUGUCAUUAUAACACCAAAUGACGUAAUCACCAAUUAGCAUUGGCAAACAUUUAUUAGAAUUCAUGGACUUAAUCCAUAUGACCAGCUAUGUACUUAAUGCUCCAAUCUCCACUUCUUAAUGCCUUUGUGCAUUUAACAAAUGGAGCAAAAUGUCAAGUGUCAUGACUGGUAAUGUCAAGUGUCAUGAUGACACAGUUAUGUAGGCAUAAUGACACAGUUAUGUAGGCAUAAUGACACAGUUAUGUAGGCAUAAUGACACAGUUAUGUAGGCAUAAUGACACAGUUAUGUAGGCAUAAUGACACAGUUAUGUAGGCAUAAUGACACAGUUAUGUAGGCAUAAUGACACAGUUAUGUAGGCAUAAUGACACAGUUAUGUAGGCAUAAUGACACAGUUAUGUAUACGCCUUCAACUAAAGUAUUCCCUGUAUUUAACCAAGUCAUUUGUUAAUUUUUUUGUAAGAAGAAGAAAAACUGUUUGUGUCAUAAAGCCACCUGGGGAUAGUAACUGAACCACAUAGCUCUGACAACCUAAGUGAAGAAAUCAGUCAUAGAUGUCAAAUGAAGGGCUGGUCUUUUAAAAAACAACUGUGUUUUCUGUUUUGAGGUAAUAACGCUUCAGAUCAGUAAGCUUGAAAUCUUUGCUUAUGUACAGUAUGUUGGUACACAAUAAAACAUUUUUAUGCUGUAUUCUGUAGCCCUCUUAUAGCAGAUCAGUGAAAGGCUGAAACACAUCAGAGCUACUUGCAGUUUUCAAGAGAGACGCAAGUCGAAACACUAAUAAUUGAUGAUGUGCACAGUGUAAAACGCUAGUGGCGACGCAGGGUCUAUAAGAAAUAUACAUGUAUACAGUAUUGCACAAAGUCUGCACAACUCAAUGUAUGUCUUUUAAGAAUGUACAUUUUAAUUCUGAUUUGUUUAUUAAUAGACUUUAAUAGACUGGAGCAACAUCUGCCAAUAUCUGUCUGUUGAAAUAUGGUAUUGUCUCAUAAACUCUGUUCAUC